AACUCUUAGUUUGCUCUCCCCGCAGAGCCGUGUGGAUUUACUACCAGAAAGCCGCCUGUACUUCUGUCUGCUGAGCACAGCAGUUUAAAACACACACCAGGAAUCUAAGCGCUCGCUCGCCGUCUCUACUGUGUGGGUUUGAAUUUCAGGACCUUCAGGGUUUUUUUCUGCCUAUAAUUUCAUUUUUAUCUCUUUGAAGAAGACACAAAGGAGGAUGGGUGCUCAGUUGACUAAAGGUGAAGCUACAGUGGACGGAAAAGCCGUGGCUGAUAAAGCCAAUGGUCAGGAAAAUGGCCAUGUGAAAACCAACGGCGACGUUUCCACCAAGCCAGAUGGAGAAGCCGUGGCCGCAGACGGAAACGGAACCGCGGAAGUUUCCAAGGAGGGGGAGGUCGAAAAAACGGAGGCGGGAGACGGCAUUGAAGCCGCGCCUGCCACCGAGGGAGACGCCACCAAAUCCGACGGGGAAGCUGCGAAGGAAACCAAGAAGAAGAAGAAAUUCUCACUGAAGAACUCCUUCAAAUUCAAAGGCAUUUCCCUGAAAAAGAACAAAAAGGGAAGCGAGGAGGCAGCAGAGACCGCGACCGCCACCGCGGCCACGCCCACAACCGAAGACAAACCUGAGGAGAACGGCCAGGCUGCUACGGAGAUCAAAGAGGAGGAGCCAGCGGAGGCGGUGACCAAUGAGACAACGGCACCUGAGGUGGAGGCGGAGCCAAAGCCAGAAGCGGAGCCUAAAGCGGAGGAGGAGCCUAAAGCAGAAGAGCCCGCCCAGGAAACACAAGCCGCGCCCACAGAGGAGGCUACAAAAUCUGACGAUAGCCCCGCCCCUGCUGAAGAGACCACGCCCACCACAACUUCGGACCCGGAGCCGGCUACAGAGUGACCUCACUUCACUGUGGCAACCUAGACUGUUUAUUUUUAUCCUUUUUUUUUCUUUUUGAGAUUGAAAUAUAUAUAUAAAUAUAUAUAAAUAUAUGAGACUUGAGCCACAGUCUUACAGUUACAGCAAUACUACAGAGAAUCCAAGUUCUUUUACCACCUUUGCUGAUAACAGUCACUAUUCAGUGGUGUGUUCCAAUCCUGACCCGUGUCAGUCCAUGGUGCCGCACGUCAAGAGCGUUGUUGGGAAUCGGGCCUGUAAUGCUCUGUGUAUGGAGGGAUGACUGAUGGAUUUUCCGCCUCGGAUGGAAGAGCGUGGCUCCCUGUUCACAAACUUUUCAGUCAUUUUUCUCUUUUAAAUUUCAUCCGAUCCUUGAUUCUUCAGGGCUGAUGAGUGAAAUGACGAAUUGUCCUCUUAGGAGUUGGUUAAAGGACAAUGUAAAACUACAAAAACACAAAACAAAACAAAAAAAAAUCUUUUUAAGAAGUGUUUCAAUAGCUCUACAUUCCAAUUUUUAGCCCUGAAAACUGUAGGGUGUCAGAAGACCUGGGCGAGUGAAUAUAGGUUUUAGUCUUAGUCUGUUUUUAAUGAUGUUUUAAUCAGAUCUAGCUACACAUUUCAAAGUUUACGACAAAGGGGAAUUAAACCACUGCUUUUAUCAAAUAUAUAUUUUUGUUCUGUUUAGUCUCUGUACAUACAUUUUCUGACUCUUUAUUUUGCUAACAUUUCCAAGUGUUAAUAAGAUGUUGUACGAUUAGGCCAAAUAAAUGUUUGACCCCCUUUG